AUGGAAUUUCUCUUCUGUUAUUUCUCGUUUCGAUAUAUCAUCGCACGUGAAAUUGAAUUUGGUGAUGUAAAAAGUCAACAAUGGUUCAUUUCAGUUCUUUGGUCAUUCUUUUCAUCGAUUCUUCUCACUGAACCAAUAAAGAUUUUAUCUUUGGGAAUAAUUUUCGCAUUUUUUUGUCAAAAACCACCGAAUGAAGAUGAAGAAGCAAAAGAAUAUUUCGAUGAAAAUCAAUUUGUGUUGAACAAAGACGAAGAACAUCUUCAUUCACCGAUUCACACGUUCUUACCCACUCGUACCAAUCGAUUAACUCCAAAUGAAAACGCCUCGUUUCAAGUUCAACACCUUCAAAAAUCAUUCCGAGUGAAAGUUUCAUCAAUCAAUGAAUAUGGGGAAUGGUUAGAAGAAGAUUUUGUGGGAAAGAUUCGUGCACAUAAAUGGUACAAUGAAAAGAAUGUUGAAUAUCUUCGCGGAUAUCUCAAUGACACUUCAAAUCGACUACUCGGCUGGACGUUGAUGAAACAAUCAAGAAUUCGAACUCAAUUGUGUCCAAAACGGAUCAAACUAAGCUCAAUUUGUCGAAAUAAUUUCAGUCGCGGAUAUGUUUAUGAAUUUCGUGGUUCAUUGCAAGAUCUUCGAACGAAUCUUUCUGAACUUCAUCGAUUAGGGUGGACUGAUCAACAAACACGUGAAAUUCAAAUCCAAAUGUCAUUUUACAAUCCAAAUGCUGAUUUAUUUACUUUCGUCACUACUCGAACAGAAUUUUAUUCAACUGGAAACAUUCAUUGUCAAUCUCGAUUUGAACCAAUUCAUUUCUAUGGUAAUUUCUUCUCUUAG